AUGGGGACGGGAAAGAAGAAGAUAGAAAUCAAGCAAAUCAUGAAGGCAGCAUCAAGAAUGGUGACAUUCUCCAAAAGACGUAAAGGGCUUUUCAAGAAAGCUUUAGAACUCGAAUCCAUGACUGGUGCUCGUGUUGCUGCCAUUGUUUUCUCACCCACUGGAAAACCUUACAUUUCCGGCGAUGUUAAUUCCGCCAUUGACAGACACUUUUCUAGUUCUAUAGAUCCAUCAUCUGGUUCUUAUGAUGUUUCUAGCGGCUCUUCUGAGUCGAGAUCAUCGCCAUUGAGGAACGGUCUCUGUAAUUGGUUAGAGAAUAUCGACGUUGAAGAAUGUGAAAACUUGAAUGAACUGUUGUUGUUGAAGGAGCAAUUGGAAGGAACAAGAGAGAAACUUGCUUGCAUGGAGGAUUCUGAGUCCUUUCUAGCUAUGUUUAUGUCAUAG